GAGAGACUACGAGGGUCCGGUUCAGUUUUAAUUCUGUCUCUAAUCUCUGCAACAGCAGCGCUUCCCGGGUCCCGCGGCUCCCGCACUCGCUCAGCCGCGGCCAGCUGCCGGGCAAAAAUCGGAUCCGCCUCUGCUCUGUCACCCACCAUGGAAACCCUCCAAGAAAAAGUGGCCCCGGACGCGCGUGCCUGAGGAUUCCGCACAAAAGAGGUGCCCAAAAUGAAGACCCUGAUGCGCCAUGGUCUGGCAGUGUGUUUAGCGCUCACCACCAUGUGCACCAGCUUGUUGCUCGUGUACAGCAGCCUCGGCGGCCAGAAGGAGCGGCCCCCGCAGCAGCAGCAACAACAGGCGCCCGUGACCAGCAGCGCGCAGCAGGCGGCGGAGAGCAGCCCCCAGCCGCGCCUUGUAGCCCCCGCGGGACCGCGGCCGCUGGACGGAUACCUUGGCGUUGCGGACCACAAGCCCCUGAAAAUGCACUGCAGAGACUGUGCCCUGGUGACCAGCUCAGGGCAUCUGCUGCACAGUCGACAAGGCCCCCAGAUUGACCAGACAGAGUGUGUCAUCCGCAUGAAUGACGCCCCCACCCGUGGCUAUGGGCGUGAUGUGGGCAAUCGCACCAGCCUGAGGGUCAUCGCUCAUUCCAGCAUCCAGAGGAUCCUCCGCAACCGCCACGACCUGCUCAACGUGAGCCAGGGCACCGUGUUCAUCUUCUGGGGCCCCAGCAGCUACAUGAGGCGAGAUGGCAAGGGACAGGUGUACAACAAUCUGCAGCUCCUGAGCCAGGUGUUGCCCCGGCUAAAAGCCUUCAUGAUCACACGCCAUAAGAUGUUGCAUUUCGAUGAGCUGUUCAAGCAGGAGACUGGCAAAGACAGGAAGAUCUCCAAUACUUGGCUCAGCACUGGCUGGUUCACAAUGACAAUUGCUCUGGAGCUGUGUGACAGGAUCAAUGUUUAUGGCAUGGUGCCCCCAGACUUCUGCAGGGAUCCCAAUCAUCCUUCAGUACCUUAUCAUUAUUAUGAGCCCUUUGGACCUGAUGAAUGUACAAUGUACCUUUCCCAUGAGCGAGGACGGAAGGGCAGUCAUCACCGCUUUAUCACAGAGAAACGAGUGUUUAAGAACUGGGCACGGACAUUCAACAUUCACUUUUUUCAACCAGACUGGAAACCAGAAUCACCUGCUAUAAAUCAUCCUGAGAAUAAACCUGUGUUGUGAGGAAUGAGCAUGCCAGACCAUAAGGCCAGGUACCCACUGUGUUAGACACGGGGCACUGAACUUCUUGAGCCACCAGCCAGGAAAAGGGAACAGAAUUGGUAGCUUCAACUCAAUACCAUGGAGAGAUGCCCAGCAGGCAUGACCACAAGACAAUGCGGCUGGUUUGUAAGAACAUAUUGCCGAAUUAAUACACCCGAAUGAAUGCUGUCCCUUUGAAAGAGGUCACCCUUAGGAACUGAGCACUCAUUUCAGUGAUGCCACCAUGGCUAAAACCACUUUGGAUCUCUUUAAGUAUUGCCUUUGAAACUGCUACAUGAGCAACUCAACAUUAGUUGCAUUCCUUUAUAGAAAUACCAUGUCAAAAGAUGUUUUUCUACCAAGUUGUAUUCUAACCUGACUUAUAACCUUUGUCAUAUGUCAGACUCUUGUUUGUGUGAUUUGUAAAAAGCAGCCUGAAAGUAUGGACAUGAUUUCUGAAGAGCACAUCUCCACUGGACUUUCAUAAAGCAAAUGUCCAAUAUUUAUUUAUUGAGAGUUUUUUAGUGUACUCUAGGCCAGUAUUUUUAUAGAUUAUAAUUAUGUGGUAAUUUAUUCUUCAUAACUCUUUAAUCCUGAAUGAUGGUUGGAAAUGGCCUAGAAUAGGGUUGAUGAGUUACUGUGUUCACAAAGCCCAUUGUUAGCAUGCGAUUGGUAUUCGACUUGGAAAUGUUGUGUCGAAUUUUUGGAACUCCUAGGCAGAAAAAAAAAUUGUUCUUUCAUAGCAAGAACAACUAUAAGAUUUUGUAAUGUACAGAAUGUUCCAAAAGGACAAAUUCGAUAACCAAAAGUUGUGUUAUUAAAACAAAAAGAUGCUAACUAGAGAAACUUAAAGACAGUUUUUUUCAGUAACAGUUGAUAUAAGUAGUUUCUCUUAAGCCCUCAUUUCUUUUUCUUCAGAAUGAUGUCACUGUGCCAGAAGAAUUCUUAGGUUUUUAUUCCAAAUCUAAAACUCUACAAGCUUCUCAUUGAUGUAUUGGAAGACUUUACACUUGGAAUGAUGGGGCUCCCAUUGUAUCAGGAACCUUAUUUUGGGGAGUGUUUUAUAUUCCUGUAUGACUUAUCUCCCUCUGUAGUUGAAAACAUAUUCCUUCCUGGGUCUUCAUUGGCUAAAAUCGACCCCCUGCUUCUCUGGAAGCAACACACACACACAAACACACACACAAACACACACAUACACGCUUCUGAGAUAUUCCCUGGCUACAAGUGCAAGGAUGAGUCCUCCUGUGAGGAGAGGAUCAUUACAGGAGACACCCUCCCAUCAACACAUUAGCCUGUGAACCAUCUGGACCCUCUCACUGCACAUCUUCUUAGAUUUACUGUGUUUAUUCCUUGGUCUGAAGGAACAUGAAGGACUCAUUUCAUUCCAAGCCAAGAUCAAUUAGUAUAAAUAAAUUUUCAUUUAAAGAAGUAAUAUUGUUUAAAAACUAGUUUUUAGCAUACUAAUGUUUUCUUUAUAAAUGGCAUAGGAGGCAUUAGUUUAUCUAAUGCCAAAUUUGAAGGCACCGGCAAGCACUGUGUAUGGAGACAGACACCAUUUUACCCAUAAGACCUGGCUUGUGAUUAAGGCAGUUCUCUCACAUAACCACUUCUUUUCCUUCUUUUAAUUAGUAAUAAGACUUCAUUUGCUUCCAAUAGCUAAUACUAUUAAUUAUGUGGAGCACUGUUGUUGAAAUGCAAACACAGUCCAAAUGUUCACACAGCAAAAACAAGUUAGUAUUACUGUGGUGUGACUUGAGCUAUCAAAAGCAAGUAAAAAAUUGAAAUAGCUGUCCAAAGCAUACUGAAUUCAUUCUUUAAAAUUUCCCAUAGUUUUUAAAGGGACUAUGAAUUUUAUUUGAACCCAAUCUCUUCUGCAGCACAGACUCUGAACACACAAUGUUUUUAUGAAUAUAUAAAAAAAGUGUAUGAUUUUACACAAUUGAUUUAUGGCCAGCAUUUACAAUCACUUGAAGAGAUUGUGUUGCUCAUAUGUAAGCAGCUCCUUUAACAACUCCUAUAUUUAUGGAAAUUUGGAAAAGCAUCGUUGCAAGGCUGAAACUAUAUUAUCUGAUCUAAUAAUACCUCACACGUCUGUGUACCUGUGGGUUUUAGGUUUUUCGUUUUUAAAAAAUCAAGUUUGUUUCAUCUCUUUUGUAAUUUCUCCCUUUCACAUACUCAAAAAAAAAAAAAAAGAAAAGAAAAUGAAAAGCAACUACAUUCUGAAAAGUCCUAUUUUCACUGGGAAAUGUUUUAAAUCUACAUGUAGCUAGAACACAUGAAUUCAUGCUUUGUUUAGAAUACGGUAUAAAUAGGUAUAAGAAAUUAUCACUUGGAUAGUGGUUUUAUUGCAGCAUUAAAGAAAAUGCCUAGAAUUCUGAUGGAUUGUGCUGAUGGACCCGGUUGUGGGCAAUUGAACUCUUGUCUUGCCACUAUCAUUUCACAAUUGUCAGACUUAACACCAUUCAACACCAUUAAACAUAAACUCCGAUAUAAAAGAUGUCUACAGAAUCACGUUUACAGACCUCAGUGGUUUCAGUUGUUUGAAGCCUAAGUCAUACUUGUUAUGCUACAUACCUUUCUCUUCCCUCCCCAGCUGUGUCAUCAGCCUCCUCCUAGCUUUUAAGACCACAGUAAUACAAUGCCACAGCUGGCCGAUCCAUGGCUUCUGUUAUUUCAAUGCAAGAACAUUUGGCAGAGGCCAUUACAAUAGAUAGCCAUUAUGGGCAAAGAAACAGGAAUUCACAAACAAAAUCAAUCACUUCAAAUGGCCCAUAAAAAGAGGAAUCUCACAUUUAAUAUUCUACAGUAAAUAUUCACCCACGAAAGCGUACAUUAAAAGAACAUUAGGAGGUAAAUAUUCAGUGUGCCGCGUGGGGACUUAGCUGUGUGAUUUCCAUUACCGUUAAUGGGUGUUUGGCGACUCAGACCCUGUGCUUUGAUAGCCCUGGUAUGUACUCCGGAGGGCUAGAAAAUGGGAGCAAUUCAGGAACUCCAAGGUCCUAUGGUUCCAAAGUUCAACCCUUUCUUCCAAAAACUGGCUGAAAGCAAAACACAAAGUACUAUACCUAAUACAGAAAUUAGGGAGGCUUCUUGGAAUCCUUGGGUUACUAACACAUUUUUGUAGCAGAUUCCAAACACCACCUCUCAACACUGAUUACCUUUGUCUUCUGCAAGUCCUCUGAAUUACAGAUCCAUUUGAAUUACAUAAGAGUGGAGGGAAACAAUCUUAUUGUGACAUAAACAUUCCUUCAAAAAUCAAAAAUUAUUGAUUUGGAAGCUCAAUGAAUGCGAGGUCAAAGUGGAAGCAAAAUGUUGAAAUUAAGAGAGUGCUCUUUAAAUGCCUAUGUACAUAUUUAGUAGCUGCCCAAAUAUUUGCCCUUGUGUAAGAGCAAUCUUGUUUCACAAAUAUACUCUGGAUUCUACUAGAGUGAUUCGAGUUGUAAAUAGACCUACUGAGAGAAGGCCGGUCUUCUUCUUCUGUCUGCGUGUUACAUACCUGACCCAAAUCACUGCUUUCAUCCUCACGGCUUCUCUUGAGCCUCACUCUCUGUCCGCAAUAAUUGUCUCCUGGUUUUCUUCUGUGUUCCUUGUGCUCUUAAACCAGCAGUCUUGGGGCUGUUAAGGUCUUCCUUAUAUGUUUUUAAGCUAGAACCCCGUCUAGGAGACAGACUUGGGGUAGGUCCUACUAGAGCAUUGACCACAGUAUGUGGGAGGAGCCUCUGGUUUGGCCCAGGGUAGGGAGGAGGGGAGGGAAGAGAGUUCCAAAAGGCAGGCUUUCAGUUCUAAAACCAGGGCAGUCCUGCACAAACUGGGGCAGUGGGUCUCCCACUCAGAAGCCUCCUCAAGGGGACCAUCGUAAUAAGGCUGGGGGGGGGGGUGGACAGGAGUAGUGUACAGAUUGCUUAGGUUUUAGCAUGUACCAGAAGAUGCUUUGGAAUGGAAGAAGGUGAGAGAGUGGCUAUGAGGCUUAAAACUGAACAGGAGUAACCCCUCUAUUCUAGCUCACUCACCCCCACCUACUCAGGGUAUUGAAAUGCAAAUGCAAAAAAAAAGGCUGAAAUCCUGUUUGUUUCUACUUGGUGCCCUAAUAUUUAUUAUAUGCUACCUUGGAUUGUCCUUUGUCUUUAUAUGUAUGUGUCCUGUUAGAUUAGACUGUAAGCUCCUUGAGGGCAGGGACUGUUUUUCCUAUGUCUUUGUAGCCCCAUACCUAGUACAGUGCCUUGCACACAAUAGGCGCUCAAUAAAUGUCUGUUGUUGAUGAUGAUGACCUCUUUAAUGUUGACCCA